AUGAAAAUUUCCUCCAUUGAUUUGGGAGGAAAACAAAAUGAGAACACUAUACACUCAAGGAACAAACCUUAUCAAUUUACCAUUUUGCCACUGUUCCCAAUCCCUCUCUCCAAGCCCAAAUGUUCCAUUCCUCGUUCCUUCCACGCACACGAGAAAUUCAACUCUAAAACCUUUUUCCAUUUCCUUCAAAAACUCUCUCUUUUCUCCAAUUCAAGCUUCUUCCAUGGCUUCUUCCACUGUCACAGACACACAGAAACCAUUCUCUGUUCUCUUUGUGUGUCUUGGCAACAUCUGUAGAAGCCCAGCUGCGGAAGGGGUUUUCACAGACUUGGUUAAGAAAAGGGGGUUUGAUUCGAAGUUUAGAAUUGAUUCUGCUGGUACAAUCAAUUAUCAUGAGGGUAAUGAAGCUGACCCGAGAAUGAGAGCUGCAUCAAAGAGACGUGGGAUUGAGAUAACUUCACGUUCAAGGCCAAUUAAGUCAUCUGAUUUUGUUGAAUUUGAUAUUAUUCUUGCUAUGGACAAGCAAAACAAAGAGGAUAUAUUGGAAGCUUUUAAUAGAUGGAAAUUUAGAGAUCCUAUACCUGAAGAUGCCCACAAAAAGGUUAAGCUGAUGUGCUCAUAUUGUAAGAAGAACAGUGAAACUGAAGUCCCAGAUCCCUACUAUGGUGGACCUCAAGGCUUUGAGAAGGUGUUAGAUUUGCUUGAAGAUGCUUGUGAAUCAUUGUUGGAUGACAUUUUGGCAGAAAAUAAACAUAUACAAGAAUCCUAAUUCCUUUUUAACUCCCAAAAUAUACAGUCCUGCUAUUAAGCCUUAAAGAUUGGCGGUGUUCAUCGAUGUGAGAGUACAUUGUUUCAUACUUUCAUUGUUUAGUCAUCAUAAAUUCACCAUUGCUAUAUAUUGUGAAGUUUUAUCAUGCCCAUCCAAGAAUUUGAGUCAUAAAAUGAAGUUUUUUUCUUCCUCUUUUUUUA